GGGCCCCAAGGUCCCCUGGGCUCCCACGCGCUCAGCACUGAAGCCCCACCGCCCACCAGCCCCAGCCCCGUAGAGAUACCAUGGCGCUUCCAGUGGGGAAGUCGAUGCUGGUGCUGCUAACCUUCUUGGCCUUCGCCUCGUGCUGCUAUGCUGCUUACCGCCCCAGUGAGACCCUGUGCGGCGGGGAGCUGGUGGACACCCUCCAGUUCGUCUGUGGGGACCGCGGCUUCUACCUUACUAGGGGCUCCUCCCCCUCCCCCACCCGGGCCCGAGGCAUCGUGGAGGAGUGCUGCUUCCGCAGCUGCGACCUGGCCCUUUUGGAGACCUACUGUGCCACCCCCGCCAAGUCCGAGAGGGAUGUGUCGACUCUCCCGACCGUGCUUCCGGACAACUUCCCCAAGUACCCCGUGGGCAAGUACUUCAACUCCGGCACCUGGAUGCAGUCCUCCCAACGCCUGCGCCGGGGCCUGCCCGCCCUCCUGCGGGUCCGUCGAGGUCACAUGCUGGCCAGGGAGUUGGAAGCCUUCAAGGAGGCCAAGCGUCAACGGCCCUUGAAUGCCCUGGCCACGCACGACCCUGCUGCCCACGGGGCCGCCUCCCCUGAGGCGCCCAGCGAUCGGAAGUGAGCCAACCUGAGUGAUUCUGCGGAGCGGCCCCACCCUCCUCCUGCCUCCUGACGGACUUACCACCAGGUCCCCGGACUUCCCAUCAGGUCCCCCAAGCCUCUCUGCGCCGUCCUCCUCCCAGCG